CUCAUCUCGUUCAGCCGCUCGAUGGUCAGCCCUUCCAGGCCUUUAAACACUAUUUUCGCAAGAAAAACAAUGAGAAUAUACAAUGGGGGAUCUCUACGAUAGACAAGGCCGACUUUCUUCGUGAUAUCCCUAAACUUCGCUGCGAUACAUUCAAACAACGUACAAUCCGAAACGCCUUUAUUGAUCGGGGGAUAUAUCCCUGGAAUCCUUCGAAAGCACUCGACAUUCUAGCCAACGCAAGGUCUCCAUCUCCGGUUCUAAAUAUACGGGACAAAACACCAUCAAUUCCAUCUAGCUCAACCAAUUCUCCUCCUCAGACAAUUCGUACACUGCGACGGAGCAUUCAAAAGCUGGAUAAGUUUGUCAAUGAAAGCCCUAACCUUGACAAGAGCUUUACGCGCCGUCUUGACCGAGUCUUUCAAAGCGCUAUACAAACAGCCGAAUUGACAGCCCAACUUCAAAGCGAUAUCUCUCAACAUCUAGAGCGCGCGCGCGCUCCAAACUCACGGAAAUCUCGCAGAAGAAUCCCUACUAUAGGGCCAUUAACAGUCAAGGAUGCAAAUCGUCGGAUUGAUACUCUAUGUCCUGUUACUCCAAGUUAUCUGCGGUACAUGGCCAGAUGGUUUAGUCCAUGCUGCCGUCGUCAAAGCAAAACCAAUCUUCAGCAAAUCCUUUGCUUCCUCUUGGUAAUCAUCAAUAUAUUUCAAUAG